CGAAGACGCGCGCUCCAGGCACCCGCACCGCACGCACCUCGCUCCCCGCAGUCCGAUCCCGUGCAAGCUCCGCGACGAUGGGCCGCGCCAGUAGCAGUAGGCCGGCCACCCUCGCGGUCGCGGCGCUGCUCCUGCACGCGGCGGCCGCCCGCGGCGCCUCGGCGGCGGCGCUGCAGUGCGCGCAGGUGGCGCAGCUCAUGGCGCCCUGCAUGCCCUACCUGACGGGCGCGCCCGGGAUGAGCCCCUACGGCAUCUGCUGCAACUGCCUCGGCGGGCUCAACCAGCUCGCCGCCGCGCCCGCCGACCGCGUCGCCGCCUGCGGCUGCGUCAAGGCCGCCGCCGGGGGAUUCCCGUCCGUCGACUUCGCGCGCGCCGCGGGGCUCCCCGCCGCCUGCGGACUCUCCAUCAGCUUCGCCAUCUCCCCCAACAUGGACUGCACCCAAGUUACGGAGGAACCGUAAGAUCAUCAGCCGGACAAGUUAGUUGCAUCAUCCCUCCCACGAAAUAAAACAAGCAAAGGUGUACACCGGUCAAGAUCAACGAUCUA